CCAAGCCUCACCGUUUGAGUUGAACCUUCCCUCCUUCUAUUCUAACCUCCUUGCUAUUUGUCCCUGUUCAGAACGGCGGAGGAGAAGAAGAAGUAAAAAGGCGCUACUUUUAGUUGCUUUUAACGAAUGCACUGCUAAAGACGGAAUUCUCACUAAAUUGUUUGAAGUUUCGUUGCGUGAUAGCAGUGUUUUUAUUUAAUUCAGGUAAAAUUUCGCUACUGUUAAAAGAUGGAUAGAAAGGAGAAUUUGUGUAUAAAUGUUAUUACAACAAAUCAAGUUGAGAAUUUGAGUCGAAUGGAUUUACUUCAUUGGGUAAAUUCACUCUUGGGAAAGAAUGUGAAGCGUGUUGAAGAUCUUUGUUCAGGUUUGGAAUAUUGCGAGUUUCUAAACAUCCUGUUUCCGGGCUGUAUUGCUGUGAAGAAGAUAAAACAGCAUGCAAAUCAAGAGCAUGAAUAUAUUCAUAAUCUGAAACUUCUUCAAAGGGCAUUUAAUGAAAUUGGAUGUGACAAGGCCGUGCCUAUUGAAAAACUUGCAAAGAAGCGGUUCCAAGACAACUUUGAAUUCUUACAGUGGUUCAAAAAAUUCUUUGAUGCAAAUUUUAUUUCUUGUGUAGAAAGGAAAUCUCAUGUUACUGAGAGAGAUUUGCCGAUAAAACCUACCCCACAAAAGCGGGGACCAACAACAAAAACAAAAGCCGUGCCUGGGUCUUCAAGCAAUGUUGAAGAACUUACAACUCAGGUAGCACAAAUGAAGCUGUCACUUGAAACAGUCGAAGAAGAGCGGGAUUUCUAUUUCCAGAAACUGAAAAACAUUGAACAAAUGUGCCUUCAUUUUAUGAGUGAAACACCUGAACAAAAGCAACAAGGAAUUGAUGAGGUUAUUAGAAAUAUUAUGGAUGAGCUGUAUAAGACUGAAGCAGGCGCUGGUGCUUCUGUAGAUUCCACUGAAUCUGAAUAAUAAACCAUGUUUCACAACUCAUAAUAAACAGCUGCUAAAUAAUAUUUUACCUCACUAAAGGUCAUUUGUAACUGUAUUUUUCUUUAAUAAAUUAAUUUUAGGUCAUGAA